AUGAAGAAUACUACUCAGAUCUACAUUUUUCUCGUUCUUCUUUUUGCCACAGGCCACUCUCACUCUCACCCAUUCACUUCCAAUGGCGAUCUCUCCGACAAGGAAGUCCGGCUAAUACGACAGCGGCAGCUUCUCUACUACCGCGACGAGUUCGGCGACCGCGGCGAGAAUGUCGUCGUCGAUCCAUCUCUCGUCUUCGAGAAUCCACGACUUCGAAAUGCUUACAUAGCUCUUCAAGCUUGGAAACAAGCCAUUCUCUCUGAUCCAAACAAUUUCACCACCAACUGGGUCGGCUCUGAUGUUUGUAGUUACGCCGGAGUUUUCUGUGCUCCGGCGCCGGAUAAUCGACGUCUCCGUACCGUCGCCGGGAUCGAUCUCAAUCACGCAGACAUUGCUGGAUAUCUGCCUCAGGAGCUUGGUUUGUUAACAGAUCUCGCUCUGUUCCAUGUUAAUUCGAACCGGUUUUGUGGAACCGUACCGCAUCGGUUUAACCGGCUUAAGCUUCUCUUUGAGCUUGAUCUCAGCAAUAACCGGUUUGCCGGAAUAUUUCCUGCCGUCGUCCUCCAGUUACCGUCGUUGAAGUUUCUGGAUCUGCGGUUUAACGAGUUUGAAGGAGCUGUACCUAGAGAGCUCUUCAGCAAAGACCUCGAUGCGAUUUUCAUCAACCAUAACCGGUUCCGGUUCGAGUUACCGGAUAAUUUGGGAGAUUCGCCGGUUUCCGUCAUCGUUGUGGCGAACAAUCACUUCCACGGCUGUAUUCCGACGAGUUUAGGCGAUAUGAGGAACUUGGAAGAGAUCAUCUUCAUGAGCAAUGGGUUUAACUCUUGCUUGCCGUCGGAGAUCGGACGGUUGAAAAACGUAACCGUGUUUGAUUUCAGUUUCAACGAACUUGUGGGGUCGUUACCGACGAGUAUUGGCGGGAUGGUUUCGCUGGAGCAGUUAAAUGUGGCGCACAAUAGAUUCUCUGGCCAGAUUCCGGCGAGUAUUUGUCAGUUGCCGAGGCUGGAGAACUUCACUUUCAGCUACAAUUUCUUCACCGGGGAGCCGCCGGUAUGUCUCGGGUUGCCUGGGUUUGAUGAUCGGCGUAACUGUUUGCCGGCGAGACCUGCGCAGCGAUCUCCAGGGCAAUGUGCGGCUUUCUCGUCUCUGCCGCCGGUGAAUUGUGGGUCGUUUGGAUGUGGCCGGUCUGCUACUCCCCGGCCUCCGAUUGUCGUUCCGUCACCGCCGACACCAUCUCCUGGUGGUUCUCCUCCUUCACCGUCUAUUUCGCCAUCUAGUCCUCCGAUCGUGGUGCCUCCAUCUCCGAUCUCUCCAAUUCCUGGUCCUAUUUCACCGUCUAGUCCCCCGAUCAUUACUCCUUCUCCCCCGUCAACUCCACCAUCACCGGGUUCUCAUUCGCCGCCUGGUUCUCCUAGUCCACCGUACCCAGGCCAGUCUCCGCCGUCACCAUAUCAUGGUCCUCCCUCACCCUCUGUUCCUUCUGGUCCUCCGAUCAUUGCUCCUUCUCCUCCUCCGUCAACUCCACCAUCACCGGGUUCUCAUUCACCCCCUGGUUCUCGUAGUCCACCGUACCCAGGCCCGUCUCCGCCGUCACCUCAUCGUGGUCCUCCCUCACCCUCUGUUCCUUCUAGUCCUCCGGGUUCUGUGCCGUCACCGCCCCCGGUGUACUCUCCACCACCUUCGGUUUACUAUGCACCACCUCCACCGCCUACAGGGUAUUCUCCUCCAUCUCCUCCACCGUCAACAGGGUACUCUCCUCCUUCUCCUCCACCGUCUACAGGUUACUCUCCUCCAUCAUCACCACCUCCUCCGCCAACAUAUUAUCCACCGCAUCCAUCUCCAACACAACCACCUCAAACUCCUAUUUACUGCACUCACCCUCCGCCUCCACCACCGCCUCACUCGCCGUCACCACCUCAAUUUUCACCCCCACCGCCAGUCCCUUACUACUACAGCUCACCACCACCACCACAACAUUACCCAUUACCCACACCUCCGCACUCACCACCGCCGCCUCACUCACCUCCACCACCAGUUUAUCAUUAUCUAUCGCCACCACCUCCACCAUCGGCACUAUAUUCUCCUCCGCCACCAUCACCUCCACCGUGCAUUGAAUACUCUCCGCCUCCACCCCCGACGGUCCAUUACAGUCCUCCGCCAUCACCGGUUUACGACAAAUCACCUCCACCACCACCGACCGUCCACUACAGCCCACCGCCAUCAUCGCCACCUCCGCCGGUGAUUCAUCACAGCCCACCACCACCACCUCGUAGUCACGAGAGACCUCUACCGCCGAUUCCCGGAAUAUCAUACGCUUCUCCUCCUCCGCCUCCCUUCUACUGA